GCUUCUCAUUACAUCUCUAUAUUGUAAAUGUAACAUGCGGCAUCCCCUGACGUCAACCGGAUGACAUCAAAAGCGGGAGCUCGCACUGAAGAAUGGGCCUGCUGUCGGUCUUAAGGAGACUGAAGAACUCUCCUGAGCAGGAGGUUCGAAUCCUCCUGUUGGGUUUGGACAAUGCAGGCAAGAUCACCAUACUGAAGCAGCUGGCAUCAGAGGACAUCAGCCACAUUAUGCCCACACAGGGCUUCAACAUAAAGAGUGUCCAGUCUCAAGGGUUCAAACUAAACGUUUGGGAUAUCGGUGGACAGCGGAAGAUCAGACCUUACUGGAGGAACUACUUUGAGAACACAGAUCUCCUGAUUUAUGUGAUUGAUAGCUCAGACAGAAAACGUUUUGAUGAAACUGCACAGGAGUUGGCAGAGCUGCUCGAUGAGGAGAAACUGAACAUGGUGCCCCUGUUAAUCUUUGCCAACAAGCAGGACAUGAUGAUGGCGGCGACGGCGGCAGAGAUCACAGAGAGCCUGAACCUGCACACCAUACGAGACCGGAUAUGGCAGAUCCAGUCCUGCUCCGCUCUCACCACAGAGGGAGUCCAGGACGGGAUGGUCUGGCUCUGCAGGAACAUUACCACCAGGAAGAAAUGACUGACCAGUUUGAAUUUACAGGGGUCCUAUUAUGCUCUUUUACAAAGUCU